AUGAAAACAAGCUCCUAUUCAGCUCCAGCUGCCGUCGAGAGAAAUCCACCGAGUGUCUUCACGAAAAGAGACUCAAUUUUGAGCAUUGAGAAUUGUUUGGGACAAUCUUCGGCGAUCAAACAAAAUCAAGGGAUUUCAUCAAGUCGGCCUCAUUGGAAUUCAAACAAUGAUUCUUUUGUAAACAAUAAUAAUCGAGCUCAUACAGUGGACAGUUCUUCAGGAAAAUUCCAUUCCUCCUCUCAACAACAAGCUUCGCUCCUGCCUGCUAACAGAGCAAUUCCAAAACGAAAACUCAUGGUGAUGAACAUGUUACAAAAUCAAUUAGAAGAACAGAGACGAAAGAAAGUAACAGAGCAACAACAGGAAUAUUUACAAUCUAGUUCCUCUUCAUCAUCGUCACAAAAUGUGAAUCGAAUGACCAUUAAUCAUAAUGUAAUUUCGAACAGUGACGAACAACAAGGCAUGUUUCAAGAGUUGAAAGAAUUUUUAAAUCCUUAUGGACUCGAAGAAGACCAUUCUCCAAUCACCAACAAUUUCAAUGCUUCGAAGAUGCAGUUUCCAUAUAAUCCUGAGAUUACUUCUCAUUCCAAUGUUUCUCCUCUCAUUCUUCAACACAACAAUUUACUGUUCAAUAUAGGUGAGACAACACCACAUUUAUCCACCUUUCGAAAAACACAUCAUCCCAAAGAAUACUUUGUAAAAAUUACAAAUUUACCCAACUCCAUCUCUAAAGAUGACAUUCAUCAUUUAAUUCUCGAACGUUGUAAAAUUAUUUCAGAAAAUAUUCAACUUAGGCAAGAAAAAAACAAGGUUCAGAAAUACGCCCUUAUUGAUAUGAAAUCAAAAUCAGAAGCGCAAGAAGUUAAAGAGAAUAUUGAGGGCUUGAAAAUGGAUAAGCAUGAACUGAAGGUCAAAAUUAAAGUGAAAAAGCUCAUCAAAAACAAAACAUCAGCUUGCAAUGAGAAGAAUGAGACGUGUGACAACCAAAACAAAGAUUCGAACAACAAGGAACAAGCAUGUAUCUCCUCAGAAUGCAUCAUGACAAAUAGAAAACACGCUCCUCCAGCCAUAGAAAAAUUUUUUACAUCCAUACCAAUCGAUUACAAAAUUACGGAAUCAGUCGAAGAUAUUUUAGGUUAUACCUAUUGCAACAAAUCCUAUUUAAUGAUUGCUCUCACACAUGGUCAUCCCACUAUGAAGGAAUGGGUAACCGAAUCAAGGAAAAUGAUUUCAACAUUUCUCGAAGAUCCUCAUUUCGUCAUUUAUGUCGACAACCCAACCUUCAACACGUUGAUAUCACAUACUCACAAUGAAAUUGAGCAGUCCAUUAUCAUGUCUGCUCUCAUGAAGUUAAACAUGUUGGAUCAAUACUGUAACAAGUUCACUAGCGGUUAUAAUGUAGUGUCUGUUUCAGAAUUGGCUGAUUGUUUCUUGUCAUUGAUGCAUUCCGUGAAGGAAGAUUGUGAAGGUGAUGAAGAAGAAUUGAAAGUCGUUCUGUGGAGAAUGUAUCAACCUUUGGGAUGUCUAGUGAGUGCAAAUAUAUCGGAAGAAGAUCUCGCAAUGUUAAUUCAACGCGAAUCUACUUUAUGCCAAAAUACCAUUCCAGCAAUGUCCUCCACCAACAACAAAUGCUCAGCGUCAAAUUUCAGCCAUCUUCUCCAUCAAAAUUUAGUUACGGCCCCCAAUGGAGACUUAAAUUAUGAAGGGAUGAUUUUUUCAGAGGAGUGUUUAGGAAAGGCACUUCAUUAUGCCUCUCGAGCGUCAAGCAAAACCACUUCUUCGAUUAAGGCCUUGAUACGACGAGGAGCCGAUCCAAAUUUUCGACUUCAGGGUUUUACUCCUCUGAUGAUUGCUAAAACUCCUUCUCAAAUCAAAACUCUCAUUCAAUAUGGAGCUGCACUCGAUGAAGUGAGCGAACCCCACGGCCUUAAUGUGCUAAGAUGUGCAGUGGAGAGAAGAAAUCUGUCAGUUGUGACCUACUUGUUGGAAGAAUUUGCUUUUGUGAAAAUUCCUGACGACCAAAUACGACAAGCAACCGAUCAUGCGAUCCAUCUCUUGUCUCGCGAUCAAUUGGAAGAAAAGAAGAAGACAAAAUUGUUUGAAAUUAUUGAAGUGUUACAAAAUACCUUAGAAUCUCACAUGGAAUAA